AUGCAGGCCCUUCACCGAGCCGUCAUGAUGGGUUCUGGUUUCCACGAAUACAUGAGUGGCCAAGGUCUUACGGAAACAUUGGCGGCAACGUCAUUAGAGAUGAAUGAGCAAAUUCAGGUUCGGCAAUGGCGAGAUCUCCCUGUUGUCAAUUUCUUAUCUGGAUUGGACCAAGAUUUGGUGGACUCUCUGUGUGAGGAAGCGUUGCCAGACGAUCGCGUACGCUUCAAGGCCUACCUGAGCGAGAAGUUGCUGGGUAUCGGCAUCAUAACAGCUGGACCCGGUUUUGGCAAGACUACGGCCGUUGCGGCUGCGGCAUUGGCUAUGCGUCUCUCUCUCGGACCGACUGCCUGCUCAGCCCCCUCGCACGUGGCCAUCACUAACUUGGCUGAACGUCUCGAUAGGACCUCGAUUUCUGUCUCCCAGAGGAUCAACAAUCGCAAGGCUUCCCAAGAUUCGUCGCGUGCACGUCAGACUUUCAUCCUCCGCGUGUUCAAAUUGGAGAAUGAGUAUAAGGCAUUCCUUGCCCUUCUCAAGAAACCAGGCAGCGGGGAUAAAGCUGCACCCAAGAUCCGCGGCACGCCUGUGAAGUGGACAUUCAAUCUGUCGCUUGCCUAUUGGCUCUUAGUCCUGCUAAAAUCACCCGCGACAACGAGGCGGCUCGUGUCGGACGACUCCUUGGCUCUGCAGGCGAUACAACGGGACCUCGAUGUGCGCCAGGAUUUCCGAUAUGUCCGCGAGCUGUGUGCCAAUCGCAUCGACUACGACGAGUUCUCCAGCUGUUCCCAGCCUAGCAAAGAUGCGGUUCUGAAAGUCUUCCAUCGACUCAUCGAUGCGGCUGACAUGCUGUGCACAACUCCCAGCAUGUUCUGCAAUGAAGCCCGCGUUGCGAAGUGGAACGCGGGAAAAGCCAGGGCCGUUGCAUUUGACGAAGCCGCCAACAUGACACGCGGCGACAUCAUUCAGGUCUGGGGGAAUGACCUGUUGCCGUGCCUGUUCGGGGGCGAUCCCAAGCAGCUUCCGCCGGCCGUCAUGACCAGAGAAGAAAAGACUGCAGAGGGGCACGUUUACAACCAGCUGAGCCGUGAUGCUACGGUGUCUGGUUUAGAGUUUCUUCAGGCAUCCGGCAUCCCGGUUUACCGUCUUCGGAAGCAGCUGCGUAUGACAAAGGCAUUGUGGGAUAUGGUGGGCGGCAUCAUCUAUUCGGACCAGCCAAUCGUAUAUGGUGAUCAAUGCGACAUCCAUCUGCCGCAGUACGAGAUCGGCCGGCGACUGGAGUCCUACAUCCAGUCGCAAUAUCCUGAUGUUCGGACUCCCGCCGAAAACACAUUUAGUCCCUUGUUCAUCCACUGCGAAGGCACCAGUGUCUUUACAAACCCUGUCACACAUGGCAAGAAAUCCGAUGAUCAAGUCACGGUAGCUCUCGACUUUGCGUCGGACUUUGUCAAGGAAAAGGCCGUCGAUGCCUCCAAAGUCAUUGUCCUCGCCCCAUAUAAGGACAAUGUACAACUCAUUGAACAACGGCGGAAACAGGAAAAGUACGCCAAUCUUGCGGCAAUGCGUCCUGCAUCCUCCAUCGACGCCUUCCAAGGCCAAGAAGCGGAUAUAGUCAUCGUGGUAAUGGGCACACGCGCAUUGAAUCCAGGUCCUGGCUUCACAAAGGACCCUCGCCGCCUCAAUGUGUUAUUGACCAGGCAACGAUGUGGUUUGGUCAUGAUAGGUGAUAUCAAUGUGGCUGGGUCCAUGGUCAAGCCAAAGAAUGCAAAAGGACCCAAGCUGAAGGAGGGUGAAUAUUGGGUCUGUAUUCCUGGCAAACCUAGGGUGAAAAUGACGGCAAAGGAGCUGUGGAAGGUACACAAGUACCUACAUGACCGUGGUCGGGUGGCUACAAUUAAAGUCAAUGUAAAGACGCCACAAAAAGACAAAACACAAGCUGGACAAAGUGGCUUGGUAGCUUUUGUAGAAAGAAGUUGA